UCCUCGACUCGGAGGGUCAGUUCAAGACCUGCAGUGAGACUCGUAGAAGACAGUUUUGGACUUUACUCUGAGCGACGUUCAAGUAUAAACUAAGAUUAUUUCCGGACCGGAAAAUCUAAAAUCACUGGAAUAAUGAAGUCUCCAAAACUGAGAGCCCAAGCGAAGUUCGUCAACGAGGAGGACCUGGACGACGUGCUGUGCGAGUUCGACGCGGUGAUCGAAGACUUCACGUCGCCGGUGGAGAAGCGUCACUUCAGGUACGACGAGCACCUGAAGACGGUGAAGAGGAGGAGCUGCGCGAGCGUCAGCGACAGCGGCAUCAGCGACUCAGAGAGUGCAGAGUCUCUCAACAGAAACAGCUUCAGCUUCAGUGACGAGAGGCUCAACUCCCCCACCGUGCUCUCCCCCACCAACUCCUCACCUCCUCUCAUGUCACCAAAACCCAAACUGGGCGACACUAAAGAGCUGGAGGACUUCAUCGCCGACCUCGACAGGACAUUAGAGAGCAUGUGACGAGGAGGCUCAGAGUCGUCUUGGAGUGCAGCCACACGAGGGAAGGAGGGAGUGAAUGUUUGGACCCCCCCCCCCCCCCCCCCCGAGCAGCAUACGCCCGGCUCCUACACCCAAAACCACCCAACAGGAUACAGCUGGAUCCCAGCGGCGUCCAAGCAGCUCCACCACGGCACCAGCUCCUAAAUUUAACCCGUCAGCCAUCUACUCACUUCAACCACCUGGAUACUGGGGCUGUAAGGGCAGCGAAGAGGGCCAAAUUUAGCUUAGCAGGAAACCUGAGGACACAGCAUGAUGCAAUGGACUCCAUGAAUCAUUACGAGGAGUGAGGAGGCGUGAAUGAAACGCCGCAGAGAGUCACUGGAACUUUUACUGUCAGAUCACAUCAACACUCCAACCCCUGAGCUGGAAGAGUAUUUAAAAAAAAAAAGAA